AUGUUCGCUGGUGGCCUGGAUGCAGGUUGCGACACUAGAGAGGCACUGGUGAAGAUUCGUGGAGACGGCGUGUACGGGGUGGUGCUGGAUGCUCCUCCUCGUCGGGAAAGACAACCAAAGAGCACUGGAGCGAUAUCUUUGAAGUUGCGUUCUCGUGAUGGUUGUUUCAACAGGAUCCCAUAUGCCUCCCUUAUGGCCACACUUCUCUGUUUUAUUGGUGUUAUUCUGUUUUCCACAAUGAUGACAUGGGGAUUUAACGCCACAGCGGAGCAGAUCCGAAGAUCGCUGCGGAUUCAACAUUUGCCAUGGCUUGAUAAGGUCCAAGUAUUUUUUGUUGUGGUGGCCGUCGCCAUGUCUUUGUUUGCUGUGUUUUUCCUUCUUCUUGGUUUCACGGCUACUGGGGCUACGCGAGAAGAAAUUUAUAAACGUGAUCAGGCUAGGUGUGGAGGGAGAUCUGCUUGUGCUACUGCAAUGGUUUGGUGUAUUCUUCUUCUGGUGUGCUGGCUAUACAUCACUUCAAUCUGUUCUGUUUUCUGCUAUUCGUACUUAGUCUUCGAUGAUCUGUGUCAAGUCAUGCCAUCAUUCUCCGAGAGCGAUUGUCUCGAUUUUGCUAUUUUGACGCCUUGGAUAAGAAGUUUCGCUUUUUCUGAUCUUCGACUCUGUGGAGGCGAUGCCCAGCAAUUUUGUGCACUUUCAUCAACAGCUCGCUUCUGGUAUAUCAUUGGAUGGAUAGGAACUUGUCUUAUUAUUCUAGGGUUAUCAUUUUUUCUUGCUAUUCUUUCCGCCAACUUUGCACACGUCGGGAACCCUAAAAGAUAUUUGGAUCUGCGUGAUCUAGCAGUGGAAACACCGAAAAGCGGAUCACUACAUUUAAAAUCAGAAAAUAUGGUUCACUGUCACUGCUGUUCCGGUAGUGCGAAAAAGGUGAUGCAACCUAGUAAUGGGUGGUAUUCCCCUCAAGCUGCUUCACGACGACUGACCUAUUCUGACUCCACUUCAUCUUCAAGGUAUGAAGAAAAGAUGUCUGAUUCAUUGAGUCGGCAUGGUAAGUCCCAAGUUCGACCUUCUAAGCUAAAGCUACUAAGAGAAAAAAAGGAAGAUGGACCUGGAACAGCUAAUGGUUUGACUUCAUACUCUUCAAAACGGUCUCCUGUAAAGGGCACAGUUAUCGGCUCCCGCAGCUCUCACAUCUCUCACAACGAGUUUGUAAAUAGUAAAAGAAGAGCGAAAGAUUACGGAGCUUUUCUUCUAAACGCUUCAAUUCUACAUUUUGAGAAUAUUCAACCAUCAGCGACAAACACUCCUUCGAUGCCAGAUUAA